AGAAUACAUUUGAGAUUUCCAUAAUGUGCGUUAAUUUUUUUGCGCACUGUAUAAGAUCUUUAGUAUCCAGAAAAAUCGUGAAAGGAAUAUGGCAGUUAAGUAUUGUCUUAAUUCAUGUAGUGCUUACCAUUGAUAAUGGUAAUGAUAAUAAACACAAAUCUGGAAAGGAGAAAAUAUUAUUAUUUACUAAAUGGUUCCUUAGAAAACUCAUUUUCUUAUUUUCAUGACACGUGAAACAUCUUGAUGAAACUUCAGCAGUAGGAGAAAGAAAUAAAAGAAAGAUAUUUCAUUCCUGAGAUAAUUCGACCAUCUAAUAUCUAAUAGAAUAUAUUGUUCUUUAACCUGGUAAACUUGACCUGCAAAUCUCAAUACGCGGUCUAAACAAAGUACUCCACUUCCCUAACCCUAUGUUGAAUCUCAAGUGCCAACUCCUUCGUCGGUAAUAGCCCUAUUAAGCACAAAUUACUUCCAAGGGACAAUGAAAAACAAUAUCGAAUGUUUUGGAGGACAAAGUCACCAAUCUUCAAUUUAAAACAAUGAACCUUCCUGACAAACGUAGUACACGAUCGGCCGGUAUGGUGAGCAAGAGGGUGUUGUUCUUGGUCUGCGCCCUUCCGUACCUGACCACAUGCCUCGGGGCCAGGGUUGGAGGAAGGGGAGCGAAGCAGAGCAGGAGGGGGAGGAUAUUCAAUUCGCCAAUUAUUGUUAGGCACAGGCAUCCAGCAUCUGUGACGUAUUACGAAAACAAGGACGGAGCAAGGAUCAUCAAGGCUAGCCACUUCGAGUUGGAUUAUAUGUUAGGCAGAAAAAUAACCUUUUUCUGCAUGGCUCAAGGAUUGCCAAGACCAGAAAUAACUUGGUUCAAGGACGGCAUAGAACUUUACGCCCACAAAUUUUUCCAGGUUCACGAAUGGUCAAUCGGUAACGAUACACUCAAAAGCAAAAUGGAGAUAGAUCCUACCACACAAAAGGACGCUGGUUAUUACGAAUGUCAGGCAAACAACAAAUACUCUAUUGAUUCUAGAGGUUUCCGCACAGAUUAUGUCAUGGUUGCUUAUUGAGAAUUUGAAAAUAACGUUUUUACCAACCAUGAUCAUUCUGAAAGAAUUACUGCUUGAUUACUCGUUAAAUUACGUAUUAUAUCAUUAUGAAAGAAAGUUUAUUUUUAUUGAAAUGUUAUAUUUUCCAUUUUGAUUAAAAAAAUUAUCAAAG